AUGAAUGAAAGCUUCAAAAAAGUUGAGCGUGCAAUUGACGAUUCACAAAUGACCAUGGAUUUGGUGGAAAAUGAAGCGGCACGUGAGCGGCUUAAGUCACUUCGAGAGCGAAAGGAUCGUCGCACAAGUGAAAUAAAUAAGCUGAUGAAAGCUAAAAUUAGUCUGGAAGAAAACAUGGAAAUCAGUCAAAAAUUAUUGGAUGAAAUUGGUAAAACAUUAACUGAAGUAGAUAACCGGAAAAAAUCACCGGAAUUGGAAGAAUUAGAACAUUUUGCGCUGUCUUUAGAGGACCGUUUACAACGAGCCCUGGCACAAAUACAGCACACUUCAUUAAAGGCCGAACCAAUACUGACAGAAAUAGAUGAGGAAGAAGCCAAUCAACUUCGUGAUAGGUUACGCUGUGCAGGUGAACAAUGGAAACAGUAUGAAAAUCUUAUCCGGGAAAAGAGACGUCAACUCGAUGAACGUUUUGCAGAUGAAUCGGAACUGAACAACGAAAUGGAAUUGCUUCAGUUUUGGUGCGACGAAACGGAAACGGAAUGUGCCAUCGUUAUCAGUCCACUGAAUUUACCUGUUCUAAAAGAACUUUCAUCAAAAUUAGAGGAACGCUUAACCAGCUACGAAACGAAACGUGCAAAUUUGCAAACCAUUGAACGUUUGAAAGAUCAUCUAAUUAGUGCCCAGUUGACGGAUCCAAACAGCAAACACCGAAUACGGCGAGCUGUAUCCGAAAUAGGGAAGCGUGUUAGCUUGAUCCGAGAUCUUUUGCGCGACCGAAAAUCGGAACUUGACUGUUCCGUGAAUGUUGCCGAAAAUUUCCAAGCUGAUCUGAAUGAAUUGCAGAAAUUUUGUGAACAAACGGAAAAGGCGAUUCAGUUAGUAGAAAGUGCGACAAUUUUUGUACCUUCCGGUACCGAUUUGGAUUAUGUUCGUUUGCAUGAAGCGGAAACCGAUCAGAUUGCUAGGAGAGUGGAAGAACAGUGGAAAGAUGUCUCUUCUUUAGGUGGAGCAGUAGUCGAUAAGCAACUCGGAAUUAUCGUUGAAGAUACUUUACAUAGAUGGAUCAGUGACAAGGAAAAACUGGCUCUUACAGCUUGCUUGCCAACUUUAGAACACGAUUCAUCUUCAGUAACUUCAGAAGCUGUUGGCGAAGAAGAAUUGACCAGUGGAUUACGAACUACUUUGUCAAGUAUUGUUGAAGAAAAAGAAUCUCGCACAAGUGAGUAUGGAGCUUUGAACGAAUCUGUGGCGCUUGAGGAAUCGCUUGCACCAAAUUUGUCAUCCAGAGAUCGACUUCUAAUGGACAGCAUAGUACAUAUGGGACACUGGUUAACGGAAACGGAACGUGACGCGUCGCUUACCGUCGAUUUAGCCGAUUCGGAAAGCAUUAGAAGUGCGGUCAUUCAAAUGCAGGCUUUUAUUGAUCAAUUGAAAAUGCGUCAUCUGGAUUUGAUCCGAAUUUUGGACGAGAGUCAGAAUAAGAUAAUACGGGAAAGGAGUGAAGUAAUGACAGUGGAGUGUAAUCGGAUAUUAGGCGAAUGUCAAAGGAGGAAAAUGACGUUAACUAAAAUGCUGGAAGAAAGUCGAGCGUGGGAUAAAUUAAGGAAAUCAUUGAGUACAUGGCUUGCGAAUGUUCAGGAAAGAGUAAUUGAUGGGAGUAAAAUCGAUGCGGCUAAUCUAAAAACGCUCAAGCAAGAGCUCAGCGAGAUUCAAGGAAUAGCCGAAACAGCGAGAGAGAUGAAAUUAAAGAUGGAUGAGUUGAAUGAACGUAGUAAUGCUUUAUUAGACAAUUACCGUGCUGAUGAAGGACAUAAUUUGUCUCAUACAAUCUCAAAAUUGAAUGCUUUAUGGAGUAAAUUUAACGACAAUGUUCGUAUUCGUCGAGCAGUGUUAGAGGCAGCGCUUCGGGCCAGAAGUGAUUUCCACUCCGCUCUGGAGCAACUAGAAGAAUGGAUGAAUGGUGUUGAGGUGUCUUUGAUGGAACUGAAUGAAAUAACAGGGAACACGCAGAUGCUUAAAGAUUCUAUGAAAAGGAAAAAAUGGAUCGAAGAUGAGAAGAGUGUACGAGCUGAUAUGAAUGCUCAUAAGGAUGUAAUCAAAUCGGUGGAAGAGAUGGGUGUUGAACUAACACGUCGAGUGGAAGAUCUCAAAGAACGAGAACAGCUCAAGGAGCGGUUAAAUCAUAUCGAUAUCCGAUGGCGACAUCUGGUCGGGUUAGCUGAUGCUAUCAGGACUCGUCUAAUGAAUGCCCAGGAAGAAUGGGAGAAGUUAUUUACACAAUUAGCUGAAAAUUUGUUUUGGGCUGAAGCGCAAAGUAAAGCAUUACUUGAAGAACAACCAGUCGGUGGUUCGCUGGCUCGAGUACGGGAACAAACUAAUUUUGUUCAGAAACUUGAACAUGAAAUGAAGCUUCGUCAGCGUGAUGUUGACGAAUGUGUGACACUGGCCCAUAGUUACCUUAUGCAAUAUGACCUGCGACCUCGAAUGAGAAGUACCAGCGCUUUAGUGCCAGAUGAAGAAAACGAUGAUGAGAAUUUGGAACUAAGACGUGUUGGUAUUCAAAUCAAAUCUGAUAGUGAUCGUUUAGUGCAGGAAUGGGGUGAACUGCGAGAGCAACUGAAUGCCUGGGCUUGCAUCAUUCAUGAUGCAAAUGCCAAGAUGGAAAAGUUAGCAUCGGCCAUAGCUGAAUGCCAGUUGACACUUUCAAAUAUGGAAGAACGAAUGGAGCAACUCCGACCCAUAGAGGAGUUAAGAUUAGAAGAAUUAACGGUAGCGGUCAAUGAAAGUGAACAACUGAAGGAGUACCUUACUCGAACACGGAUGUAUAUCGAUGAUGCCAAUGACUGGAGUGGGCAGCUGUUAGCAUCGGAUGUCGAAUUGGCAUCUGAGCCAAGUGCACAACUGAAAUCAAUCAAUGAUAGGAUGACAAAGUUAAAAUCAGAUCUACGAAUCCGUACCGCAGCCCUGGAACGAGCCAUGACCGACUUUGGUCCAUCGAGUCAACAUUUCUUAAGAGACAGUGUUCAGGCACCCUGGCAACGAGCUAUCUCUGCUUCCAAUCAUUUACCUUACUAUAUUAAUCAUGAUACGGAAGUAACUCAGUGGGAUCAUCCAGCAAUGGUUGAGAUCAUGGAAGAGCUGACCACUUUUAAUCAGGUCAAAUUUAGUGCUUAUCGAACAGCGAUGAAGUUACGAUCAAUCCAGAAACGUCUCUGUUUGGAUUUACUAACUUUGGAAGAUGUGGACUUGAAUCUGCAACCUCUCAAUUCGAUAUUAAGUGAGCAAUGCUUAUCGAUGAAAGAUGCGGUAAUGUGUUUGGUACCGUUGUUUGAAACAGCACAAGAAAAGUAUCCCAAAUUGAUACACUCUAUACCAUUGGCUGUCGACUUGUUGCUCAAUUUCGUCCUGAACGUAUUCGACCCGGCACGUGAUUGUCUCAUGCGGACAUUUUCGUUUCGUGUGCUGCUAGCUACAUUAUGCAAUUCAAAUCUGGAAGACAAAUAUAGAUACUUAUAUCAACUUAUUGCUAACAACGAAGGUGUUGAUCAGAAGAAACUUGCUCUUCUCUUAUACGAUAUCAUUCAUAUUCCUAGAUUUUUUGGCGAAGCAGCAGCAUUUGGUGGUUCAAAUGUGGAACCAUCAGUGCGAUCAUGUUUCGAAACAGCGAAAUAUCCACGAUCAAUCUCAGUAGAUGAAUUUUUGAAUUGGUUGAAAAAAGAACCACAAAGUAUUGUUUGGUUACCUGUCAUGCAUCGAUUAGCUAGUGCCGAAUUUGCCAAACAUCAGGCAAAAUGUAACGUCUGCAAAAUGUUUCCAAUUAUUGGAUUGCGUUAUCGCUGUUUGCGAUGUUUUAAUGUCGAUGUUUGUCAGAAUUGUUUCUUUAGCCAAAGGCUUGCUAAAAAUCAUAAAUUAUCGCAUCCGAUACAGGAAUACUGUUUACCGACAACAUCGGGUGAAGAUGUUCGUGAUUUUGGCCUAAUAGUAAGAAACAAAUUGCGAUCGAAGAGUAAGACACGAAUUGGUUAUCUACCAGUGCAAACGGUAGAUGAGGGACCUCCAUUGGAAACCUGUAAUGUUAAACCGGUUAAUCCGUUUACUGAACCAAUCCAUAAUCGAAUACAGCUCUGCGCUCGAAGGUUAUGGAGAGCACAAGGCGAAAAUGGUACACCGGUUCCUGUUUCAAACGAUAGUGGAGAGGAAAUGAGAAUGAGUAUGGCGGAGUUGAAGUCACCGUUACAGCUGUUAUCCCAGGUUGAACAAAUGCAUAAGGAAGAGUUGGAUCAAGUACUGCACAAGUUGCAGCAUGAAAAUAGAGAACUGAAAAAAGAAAUUGAAAGACGGAAGAAGCUUGGUAAUGCUGUGGGUUCAACGCCGAAUCUGACUCGAGGCAGUAGUACAGCAAUGUCACGAAGUGUUACUGAUAACAUGGGAACGGGACGAUCUGUUCCCUCACUUUCUAACUCUGGCGAUGACCAACUGUUGAGAGAGGCAUACCUAUUGCGGCAACAUAAAGAACGACUGGAACAACGAAGUCGGAUUCUGGAAGAACAGAAUCGUCAACUUGAAACACAACUUGCAAGGCUACGAACAGUCAUUGCCCAAGUUAGUUACUUACCCAGUUUUUGUGAUAUAUGA